AUGAACGGAGAUAAGGCUCCGGUCACGAGAGCCUUCUUCAUCGCGAGCGUCCUCUUCACUGUCUUCUUCGGGAUCAGGAGAGGAGGAGGCUCUUCUUCCAAGCUCGGUUUGUCUUACCAGGAUAUCUUUGAGAAGUUUGGGAUAUGGAAGUUAAUCAUUUGGAACUUUUCCUUCUCGUCAACCUUGGAAUUGUUUUUCGGCUUGUAUUUGCUCUACUACUUCCGAGUCUUUGAGAGACUGUUUGGUUCUAACAAGCGCUCGGUUUUCAUCUUGUUCUCUGGGAUUGUAUCACUAAUACUAGAGACCAUUUUGUUAUCACUCUUUAAAGAUCCUACAAACCUAGUGGCAUCUGGACCAUACGCCUUCAUAUUUGCUUCCUUUGUAUCCUUCUACUUGGACAUACCGAUUUUAAAGAGGUUUCAUCUGUUUGGUGUACACUUCUCUGAUAAGUCAUCCAUAUAUCUUGCUGGUGUCCUGCUUUUACUAUCAUCUUGGCAAAGAUCCAUCAUACCUGCAAUCUGCGGCAUAAUUGCUGGUUCCUUGUAUCGGUUGAACAUCUUUGGUAUCCGCAAGGCAAAGUUCCCUGAGCUCAUCGCUUCCUUCUUUUCCCGACUUUCUUCGCCUUCCUUGAACAGCCACUCUCAAGCACCAUCACCCAACUUAGGUCCCCAAGCAGUGAGAUCUCCAGUGCCGUCUUCAAGCAUAGAGCCAUCUAUGGCAGCCAUAGGGGCUAUGGUAUUAAUGGGAUUUGACCAGAACGAAGCUAGACAGGUCCUCGUAGACAUCAGAAAUGAUGUCAACGCAGCCAAAUACUCGAAGCACAUUAGGAUGUUGAUAGAUUAA